CAGAGACCUACGCUCUGUGUGUGUGCUGAAGGAAGAGCUCAUUUUUUUUUUUAAUCAGUGCUGGAAACGCAGGCGACGAGCAGACAACCAGUAUUAGUUUCAUAAAAUUUAGGAAAGCCAGUGCUUCAUUCUAAGACUGAAUUUUCAUUCUUUUUUUUUUUUUUUUAAUUAUAUUAUUUUGGCUUAGCUGCAUUCUCCCUUUGUGCAGUCAGGAAACUUCGGUCCUUGCACCCAACCAGAUGAUUUGCUUUCAGACUCACAGCCAUCCAAGUAGUUCACUAGACCUCUGUCUGUAUUGGCCCAGGCACUUCUACCAAGCAGAAAGCUUAUCAAGGCAGCUUUGAUUAAAGAUGACGUCUCUGCUCACUCAAGAAAUUCGCCUUUCUAAAAGACAUGAAGAAAUAGUAUCACAGAGAUUAAUGUUACUUCAACGAAUGGAGAAUAAACCUGAAGAUCAAAACAAGGGAAAGGCCUCUCAGACACAAGCAGCUAACGCCGCUUUACAAAGGAAUGUUAGUCUUUUAAAGGAUAUAGAAGCAGCAGAAAAGUCUCUACAGACCCGGAUUCAUCCAGUUCUACCAGCUGAGGUGGCUGCUCUUGAGACUCUUUACUGGGCAUCAGUAGAAGAAUAUAUUCCCAAAUGGGAACAGUUUCUUUUAGGAAGAGCACCGUAUCCUGCUACUAGUGAAAAUGGAAAUGAAGCAGAAGAUACCAUUCAAAAGAGGGCGCAGCAAUAGCUUCUCCACAUAGUAUUUCAGAAACCUAUCUAGUAAAGCUGUAUAUUAAAGAGUAUUCAGGUCACUGCGGGGACUUUAGGAGUAAGAGAGAUUGCCUCAUUACGUCCUCUGCGACAAUGAAGGUUUGAGAAUCUGCCGGCAACUUCCAGGUUAUCACUGGAAGAUCUACUGCCAUUUCAGUGUCAUAAACUUGUCUUCUACCAAACUCAUGGAAGUGUUAAAAGCUGAUAUUGGAAAAUGGGCUGUUGAUUAAAUAAGCUGCUGAG